GCGGUUCAAUUCGGGCGUCUGACGGUCUAAUCAUUCUGGUGCACAGCAGCGGCUCGAUGGCCGGAAGAAUUAGGCAGCAAAAGGAAGCCCUUAACGCCGACAGAUGGCGUGCCGGGCGGCCAUCUCUCUUCCAUUUCUCUGUCUCGCUCGCACAUUAAAGCCCUCAGCAUCCGCAUCAGGAAGAAUCUCGUCUGGAUCUGCGCCGCCGUCCAAACCCUAUCGACCUCUUCGCCACCUCCUCCUCGCUCCCUCGCGCUUCCGCUUUCUUCCUCCGUCGUUUUCGCACUUCCGCCCUUGCUCUCGCGGGUGUUCAGCCUCUCCCGUGGCAGCCAUGUCGUCUUCCUCCUCCUACCAAAAAGAGCUCGCCGCCGCUAAGAAGGCGGCGUCACUCGCCGCCCGCCUUUGCCAGACAGUACAAAAGGCGAUCUUGAAAUCCGAUGUCCAUUCGAAAGCAGAUAAAAGUCCUGUUACUGUAGCAGAUUAUGGUUCACAAGCUAUUGUCAGCCUUGUAUUGAACAAGGAGUUACCUUCUGAAAGCUUCUCUUUGGUGGCUGAAGAGGAUUCAGCAGAUCUGCAAAAGGAUGAUGCUCAAGAAACAUUAGAACGCAUUACUGCACUUGUAAAUGAUACACUUUCUUCUGAAUAUAAUACCGUUGUGUCUGAUAAAGAUGUGCUUGCCGCAAUUGAUACUGGCAAAUCUGAAGGGGGACCUCAUGGCAGACACUGGGUUUUGGAUCCCAUAGAUGGUACUAAAGGAUUCCUCCGCGGAGACCAGUAUGCAAUUGCUCUAGCAUUGCUUGAUGAAGGGAAAGUAGUGUUAGGCGUUUUGGCAUGCCCAAAUCUUCCUCUUACAUCCAUUGCUAACGUUGAUGCACAUUAUUCUGAAAAUCAAAUUGGUUGUCUUUUAUAUGCUACAACUGGUGAGGGAGCAUAUUUGCAGUCACUAAACGAUUCUUCUACUGUAAAGAUAAAUGUCAGCACUGUUGACAAUCCUGCCGAUGCAUCAUUCUUUGAAUCUUAUGAAGCUGCUCAUUCCCUGCAUGAUUUGUCAAAGGCAAUAGCAGAGAAACUUGGUGUCCAAGCACCGCCAGUUAGAAUAGACAGUCAAGCAAAAUAUGGUGCUUUGGCUAGAGGUGAUGGUGCCAUAUACCUACGAUUCCCGCAUAAAGGCUAUCGGGAGAAGAUAUGGGACCAUGCUGCUGGUUCUAUUGUUGUGACAGAAGCCGGUGGUAUCGCUACAGAUGCUGCUGGAAAUCAUUUGGAUUUCUCGAAGGGAAGGCACCUCGAUCUCGACACAGGAAUCAUUGUCACAAACAAGAAGCUGAUGCCAGCAUUGUUGAAUGCGGUACAAGAAUCUAUAAAAGCUCAAUCCGCAUCACAUCUCUAGUCUUCUUUUUCUGGUACACGUCUGCGCAUCUUCUAGUUACAUGUUUUAAUUUUUCAAGCGGCCGAAGGUUCUAUUCACCACAAACCAACACUGCAGUUGGCAUAUAUCUGUACGUCUACAGUUUGUGUUCGGAGAGCUGUUGCGCUGUGAAGGCGUAUGCUUAAGGCGUAAUCAGCCCUGUAAAGACCUGUAAUAUGCCCCGCGAAGACGUAUUUGAAUGUUCAUGAAUCAUGUCAGAUUGUAGACCAAGAAUUUGUCUACUGUCUACCGUCAGUUGAAGGCAUGAAGCUCUAUGCAAGGGAUCAUACAAGUUGAUUA